UCUUGCUGGCUUUCAUAAGCAACCUCAUUGUGCAUGUACUGGUUUAGUCAGGUAAUAAGACCAUUGAAUAUCAAAGUAGUGCAGUGGGUUGUGUUAUAAGUUGGCUAAUGACCCGUAGUCCGGAGGGUUGCUGGAUUACCAUGAGAGGCAGCAGGGGUGCUGGUGAAAACGACGAUUUCCCCGGUGUAGCUCCUUCGGCACACAACGAGAGAUGAAGCUAUAGCUUCGUGUGUGUAGAAGAGAACUAGUCAUUUCCUAAUUCCGUGCAUGAUAGUUUACAAACCAUGGGUUUAGAAAGGGCCAUCACAGCGGAUUAAAACGAAGGCUUUGAACCCUGCAGAACUGUGCCAAAUUUCAUAAAGAAUCCAUCACCACCAUGUCGAAAUGCCAUGCAGAAAAUUCGACCCUUAGGCCCGAUUCGGAAUUUGGUGCCACUGAAGCCAACGCUGCACCGAACGCAAACGAAGAUGACGGCGACAAGACAUGCUGCCGCAGUUGCAUUGAGGGUGGUGCCAGGAGGUGGGUUGUGACGUUGUCUGCCUUCGUGGUCCACAUGAUGACUUCAGGAUUCGUCAAAUCUCUCGGGGUGUUCUUCGUAACCUGGCAGGAGGUGUUCGAUGAGGGUGCUGCAUCUGUGGGCUGGAUUAGUUCACUCGCUGCUUUCGCCAUGUUGUCUACGGGUCCAUUUGCAGCAGCUUUAUCGAAGCGUUUUGGUUGUCGGCCAGUUGCCAUGAUUGGUGGAUUUUGGGCCACAGCGUCUGUCGUCGUAGCUUCACGGGCAUCGUUUCUCUAUCAACUCAUCUUACUGAUGAUUUCUGCAGGAAUCGGUUUAGGUUUGGUUUACCAGCCUUCGAUCAUCAUCAUUAGUUUUUACUUCAAGACUAGACUAGCAGCAGUCAUGGGCAUCUCAUUUUCAGGAGUGGGUAUCGGCAUUGUUGCAUUUCCACCCCUGAUGACGGUUUUAUUAGACUGGUACGGCUGGCAGGGCGCCAUGUUGAUCAUGGCUUCAAUUACUACUAACCUAUGCGUCGCUGGUGCCCUGUAUCAUCCAUCGACCCGCGAAAAGGAACAGCUGGCAAUACACAGAGAACAGAGAAAACUUCAUACAACUCAACAGGUUAUUGGGGUUGAACUUGCCCAGAACGCUAAUAGUGAAAAAGGCGAAGAGUCAGAGCAAAGCUCACGUGCAAGACGUGGCAGUUUUGUGAACGAAGGUUUGCGUUUGACGGAACCAACAGUUGCCACGGAAAAACAAGGCGGUUCUACAUCCAACAACUUUGAGGAGAAUUCGCAGUCGGGUACUCAAACAGCACCUCGACCAGAAAUCAAGGGAGAAAACCUAGACGGCGACUCACAAUUAGUGAAACAGAACGACUAUCCCGCACCGAAUCAGCAACGGCGUAGAUCUGAAGUCAUUUUUACGGUUGAACUUUCGGAAGCGUCAAGACAACAAAAUCAAAAUGGCGACAUCACAACAGCAGAAUUAGUUGACACCAAAAGGUGUUGCAAUCCUUGCAGCUAUCUCGUGACGACAUUCCAGCUUGGUCUCCUGGUGACUAAUUUACGAUUACUUGCUCUUUGUAUAGUGGCUUUCCUAUUCGGCCUUGGGUACUACGCAGCUCUCGUCUACACCGUUUCACGUGCGGUGAGUAUUGAUAUCGCCAGCACUGAGGCCGCCCUCCUGGCGUCUAUCAUAGGGGCGGGUUCCUUUGCAGGGCGUCUCUCACACGGUGUGUUCAUCGUGUUAAAACUGAUUACACCAUCUCGCAUGAUGGCACUGAUGCUACUUGUGAUGUCAGCAAGCUGUCUGGUGCUACCCUUCACCAAGUCUUUCGAGACGAUGGCAAUCUAUGCCGUGUUUUUUGGUGUGAGUAGCGGGGCGGCUAACACUCUCUUCCCGGUACUCGCCCAUCAGUCCGUGAAGGAAUCCAAAGCAGGGAAUUCCAUUGGGCUGUACAUGAUGUUUCUCGGACUCGGUGAUGUGGCUGGGGUUCUUGUGGUCGGUGGUCUUUUUGACUUCACUGGCAGCUACGAUACGUCAUAUAUCACGGCAGGAAUCGUUUCUUUCGUCUGUUUCAUCAUUGUGGCGUUAGAACCACUGCUAAAGAAACCUCAACAUAAAUAUGACGCAACACGUAGGCGAAGGCGUCAAAGUCAAGUUGAGCAAGCGGAAGUUAGACGACGACGAUCGAGCCAAUACGUCGUUGGGAUUUCUAAUAGUCAAGCACCAGUUCCAUAAGGCAAAAAUAAAACAUGUUUAGCGCCCUCUCUCUUUGAAAAAGGAAUGAGGAGGUUUUUUUUAAUGGCCGCCAGUCACAUGUUUUAAAACGGCUGUGCUUUUUAAUCCAAAUGAUCUUUUUGCUGAGAUCGUUAUAAUAUUCUUUCGUUAAAGACACUGGACACCUUUGGUAAUUUGAAAGACCGGUCUUCACCCGAAGUUGUGUGCUUCUAUCUACU